AGUUGUAAACAAACCAAUUUGAAAUUGAAAAGAAAAUUAACUUGACUUGGUUUACUAAAAUAUUACUACUGCUAUAGUUCUGCCUGCCUGAACUGAUGACCAGGCAGCUUACUAUGUGUGCAGAUCAUAGCUAUUGUUGUUGCAAAUCCGAGGGAGUAAUGACUAGAAUUGACGAGCCGUCAAAACGCAAAUAUUUGAUUUUGAAGUUGUAUUAAUGACUUCAUAUUUAGAUCAAACAUACAAUAACAUGGAUGUGGCUGAACUGUUUAGGUGUUGUCGGUCUGGAGAUAUUGAGAAAUUAAGGUACCUAAUCGACGUCAAGGAUGUAGAGUUGAAUGUUCGAGAUUUUUGGGACAGUACUCCAUUGUAUUAUGCAUGUUUAUGUGGGCAUGAAGACAUGGUUGAAUUGCUUUUGAAGAGUGGAUCAAGAUGUGAAGCCAACACAUUUGACGGAGAGCGUUGCCUGUAUGGGGCAUUGACUGAUGAAAUUCGAAGAAUUUUGGAAAAGUAUAAUGCAGUAAAUUCAGAUUGUAUGAGACGAGAGUCAUAUUAUGAGUUCUUGCGAAGGUGUUUUGAGCAGGGAGCUUUUGCUGAUGUCCAUUUUGUAGUGCAAGAAGACACUGUUCCUGCUCACAGGGUGAUUCUAUCAGCUAGAUCUUUGUAUCUUGCCGAAAUGUUUAACACAAAGUGGAAGGAAGACACAGUGUUUUUACCAAAACAAUUAUUCAACUCUGGUCAGUUUCGAAACAUGUUGAAAUAUUUUUAUACUGGAAAGUUGGAUGUUCCUUUCCAGGAAUGUGAUGCUUAUCUUUAUCUUGCUUCUCUCUUCCAAUUGGAUGAACUUAAGAAGCUUAUUGAAACACGUGUGGAAAAUGCAAAAACAUUUGGUGAAUCAAAGAGAGGUUUUGUUCGUGUGACAAUGAUUUGCAUUGAUCCUUCAAUGGAGCGACGAAAUCUUAAAGAGGAAUUCACGAAACUUGCCGAAGUUGCACUCCCUGAUCCAUUUAGAUUUCAGCAACUUCCCGAAAUGUCUUUGUUUAUUUCACAAAUGUUAGGCGAUAACGAGAAUGCUCUUGAUGAUUUAUCGACACUUUCCGAUGUCUGUUUCCAUGUUGAAGAUUUUGAAUUUCAUUGUAAUAAGGUGUUUUUCUAUCAUCGUAGUCAUUAUUUUAAGGCAUUAUUUGACUUCUCCAACACUGCUACAGCAGCCGAUCAACGACGAAAUCUAACGGGAAAUUAUAGUAUAAACAUUCGCGACCUCACUCCAGACAUCUUUGCGGUCGUUGUUGCUUAUAUGUACACGGAUGACGCAAAGAUCCCGUCUGAUUUCGAGGGCAUCUUCAAUGUGAUCUGUGCUGCCGAAAUGUAUUUGCUCCCUGGUCUCAAGCGGUUGUGUAUCAACUCAAUGAUCGAGAUACUAGAUGUGACUAACGUUGUGCAGGCUGUGCGAGUUAGUAGAACUUUCUCAUCGCCACGAUUAGAGGCCGAGUGUUGCUGCUACAUUGCUGAAUACAUGGACGAGCUUGCCAAUGAUCAAAGUUUGAUUGAGUUGAUUCUGGAAGAUGCUCGAGGCAUAGAAGAGAGACAAGAAACUGAUUCCAUCCCUUUGGUUGACGACAUUCGAUCUCAUCUCUAUAGCUCGCUACUUCCAAACUAUUCGUCUGAAAACCCAACUUCUUCGUCUGAACAAAGGCUUGAAGCUCUUGAACAUAUGCUUAGAAACAUAGGCCUCGAAUGUUAGAACAGUAUUCGUAUGUGGUUUGUUGCUAUUUUUAUCCCAAUAUUUACUUUGAAAAUUUUGGUCGCCUUCAAAGGCCCCUGUGCUUUGAUCUUUAUCUAAAUUCAUUGUAUAUGAUAUAUUUUGUGAAUUUAUGGUCCUAUGUAAGGGAUCCGUAAUCCAGCUUAAGUCAAGCUUUGAAAACGUGAAUCCACGAGCAUGAAAUCUAGAUUCUAAAGAGCUUGGAUCUGGAAUUUGAAACCUCAAUAGAUCCUUUUUCAUAGGACAACAUUUUUAUAAUAUUGUAUGUUAUAUUAGAAUAAGUAAUUCUAUAAUUGCUAUAAGCAGUUUUUGUUGAAAGUGACGUCUUCAAGAGUAAUAAUGUCAAGUCCAUUCGGUCGACGGACGAAAAAUUGGUCCAGGUUAGCUUGCAAGCCAGUAGCAUUUUGUAAGUUUGGAAUUCGUGUAAAAUAUUAUGUAAUGAUUUAGUGAAAACGUAGCUAUUUAAUUAAUUAAUCAACAUCCAUACAUUUGA